AUGGAUUUACCAGAACUCCCGCCGAGGAUGUUUACAUUAGGAGAAGAGCCCGAUGCAAUCAAGAGCAUUUCGUAUCAAUCUGAUGACACAAAGUUGUUUAAAGCUCUAUGUGAUUGUCUCACAGCUGACGAAUAUGAGGAUCUGAAGGCGUCGAAGUUAGGAGUGUUCAUCAAAUUCAAGGAGCUUGACUUUGGUUGGACUUCAAGGCUGGUACAUUUUUUGCUCUGUUUCCAGCUAGACAUCAAGAAGAAGUUUGAGCUCUGGAGUCUUGUCGUUUCACAACCUGUGAGGUUUUCACUGAUAGAGUUUGAACACCUCACUGGGCUGAACUGCGAUUACAUCAAGGACCUGGAAAAUCCAAGAUGUGAGGUUACAACGGAGAUGGCUGCUUUCUGGGAGAAGAUGCGUGUUGAUAUCGAUACUGGGCCAAGUAUUGAACAGAUAACAGAAGCAUUUUACAACUGCGACGAGUGGUCUCGGGAUGAUCGCAUGCGGCUGGGAUACCUUGCCAUCUACGCAGGAUACAUCGAAGGGAAAAAGUUCUCAUCCGCUACAUCAGCUAGUCUUGCAAGGCUAGUGCUGAUGGAUUCUCUGAAGGCAAAAGACUUGACGCAAACUGGUUACACUGUUGAUGGGUUCAUACAAGUGCUCCAAGUGUGGGCGUACUAUGCUAUGCCAGAAUUGGGUGCUAAUUAUGGGUCUCCCAUACCAAACAGACCGUCUCCACUGUUGCUGGCUUACAGGGGUGGCAAAAGACAACGCAAAUGUUUUAAGGCUGCUAUCAAUAAACAGACUAUCGUGAAGAACUUCGUUCAGAAGGAUUUUGAUGAAAUGUUUCCAAAAUGGGACGGAGACGUAGAUGACCCUGCCGCGGAUAACAUAAUUAAAGUCAUGUUUAAUGAUCCUGGAUGGGAGUGGACCAUGGAAUGCUGGCCAGUCACCGGUACUCGCAAGGUUGUGAAGAUGGAAGUGAUUCCAGUGAAGAAUGAAGUGAGUCCCGUGAAGUCAGAGAGUGUUGUGAAGGAAGAAAGUAGCAGACCUCGGAAGAAAGCUCGUAAAGGGUCUUCUGUUUCUGCUGAGACACCUGCGGCGGGUAGUGAAGGGAUGACGCAUCAGCAGAUUGAAAAGUCCUUGAAGGACAUAUCUGAUGCCAUUAAUCUUGGCUUUGGGACGUGCCUUAAGGAGCUCAAGUUACUGGCGGAUAGGAUGGUAGCUGUGGAGAAGAAGGUGGGAAUCACCAACAGAGGGGGUUCAUCUGAUGAUCGUCAACUUACAACCACUUCAAAUCCACCAAAACCUGUUGACGAACCCGGGAGUGAAAGCGUGAAUGGGGCGAAAGCAGGACAGAAGGAAGCCAAAGAACCGAGUUCCUCGAGAGAGCUCUGUCUUGUGAGUCCUGCAGACGACUUACCGAGUGAUGAUCCUAGCCUUCUUAUAUUGGACAAACAAGUUUCGACCGCUUCAGAUUUACUCGUUGAAGAAGCUAGAAGGCAGACAAAGAAGGAGACUGCUUUGGUGAAUCUCCGUAAAAAAAGUGUGCGAGAAAGGAAGCUUGCUCCCACACAGCAAACUCCUUUUAAGGGAAACAGCACUGCCAAACAGAUCAUUCCAAACAAACAGGUUGGCGGAGGCUAUGAUCCUUUUGCACCCAUUGACAAGAUGAAGUCGAAGGAGCUCACUGCAUGGGUGCAAAAAGAUCCGUUUGGGGGGGUGGAUGUGGAUGAUAUCUAUGCACCUGUGAACUUCAAGAACCAGCAUUGGAUUGCUAUAUGGAUAUCGAUCCCUAAGAGGCACAUCGUCGUCUGGGACAGCAUUGUCUCUCAUAUUAGCCCUGAAGAACUCGAUGAGGUUCAAUACACAUUGGAGCCAUACACAUAUGCGAGACAAACCGUUGGAGUACCUCAGUGCCGAGCUGGUGAUUGUGGCCCUUUCACUCUGAAGUACAUCGAAUGUCAUGCUCUUGGGAUAGAAUUUCCCACCGCGUUUGACAAAAACACGGGAAGACCAUCAGGGAGAAGAUGGCGCUGGAUAUAUUUCGAGAGCUUCCUAUGUGCCAUGAAUGGGAAAACCAAGACAAUGAUGAGAACCUGGCAACGUAGAUUAGGGGAUGUUAACAGGGUCAGGAUAGGAUGA